AUGCCAGGCACGCAGAGAUGGGGCAGAUGCUGUUCUCCUGCAUUCAGCAUCUCAGGAGAUCUGCAAUGGAUACUGGCUCUUUUUUCCGCUUCUCUUUUGGAUGCCUCUGAGGUCGGCCCCGACGACGCCGCGGACCUCCGCAGCGUCGAGGCGCUGCUGGCGACAUCGGAGGCGCCGAAGGAGGCGGUGGAGACGGUGCCGGCGGCGGGGGACGAGGUUUGGGCCUGCUGGCCAGGCGAUGGCCGCUGGUUCCGCGCCAAGGUGACUCGAGUCUCGGGCCGAGUGGAGAUUGCUUGGCUCCGGCGAGGGUCCGAGGGAACUGGUCAGGAAGAUGAGUACCUCUCGUCAACGGGUUGCGACGAGCUGCAAUUCACUCGACUGCCACCAGCAAGUGUUUCAGCAGCCAAAGAACGUCCGAACCCAGUGGUGCAGGAGGCUGAUCGCUGGCAAGAACAGCUCAGCCGAGUGGAGGACUGCGGCGCCCGCUUCCGCACCAUGCGUGCAGUGUGUCAGAAGCUGUCCAGCCGAAGUAGCGAAGCGCUGCGGGAAGAUCCGCUACAAGGACUCGCGGAUCAGUUGACAGCGCUGAGGAAGGAGAAUGAGGCUCGCAUCAGCUCCUUGCUCAAUGUGGCAGAAGAACGAGCGAGCGUGGGUGGAGGCAUCAAUGAGCAGCUGGCCUGCAGCACGGAAGGCUUCCAGGCAGAGAUCGAUUCCAUGAAGCAGGAGCAGCAGGUGCUCCAAACCCGGCUGGACACCUUGCGGAAGGAGCGCCAAGAGCUUGCGGAGAAGCUGCAGGCCAUGGACGAGCAGAUCUUGGUGGUCACUGCAGCGUGCAAAGAAGCCGCGCAACGGGAGAACCAGGUGCGCGCCAGCGCGCAGCGGGUGUCAGUGGAGUUGCAACGGGAGCUGUCCAUGGAGGAGGUGGAGGCCCGGAAGGUGGGCGACCGCCAGCGCCUGCUCAUGGAGGCCACUGCUGCCUCGCGCGACAUCGAGGGCUUGCUCGCCACCCGCGCGGAAGCAGCCACUGCCCGGCGCGCGGCGCAGGAAGAGCUGCGCCAGCAGCCGCCGAAGGCGGCCAAGGCGUGUCUCCAGUCGGAGAAGGACCGGGGCCGGGCGCUGGAGGAGCUCAUGGCGGGGUGGCACAGCGCCAUCUGGGGGCCCAAGGCCAAGGAGCUGGCGGCCGACCCGGGGGCCCUGUCGGCCCUCAGGGCCCUGCACGCGCGAGCCGGAGGGCAGCUGCAACAGGCGUGGAAGGAGACGGUGCAGCUGGCAGCGGAGUGCCUGGGCGACACCUCGGCCCUGGGCGAUGCCUCCGAGGACAUCAGCAAAGCGGCAGAAAGAUACAAGGAGAUGCUCAAGGAGGUGAAAGGCAACGUGGAGAGGAUGAAGGUCCUGGAGGCCGAACGCGCGAAGCUGGCAAAGGAGACCGGAGGCGAAAAGCCGCAAGAUGCAGCCCAAAGCGAGGCUGCACAGGAUCCCAAGGCUUCACCAGAGACUUUGCCAGAAGGCAAAGUGGCCUCGGUCCUUGCUGAGACAUCCCAUGUGCCCGAGCCAGGAACGCCAGCCGCUGAGGAUGAUGCUGAAUGA